AUGAUUCCACCACAUCAACAAGCUGUUAUCUAUUUUCAGCUAGAAAAAUUGGCAAAUGCACCUCCUGUUGUUUUAGAAGACCCGGUUAUUAUUAAACCACAAGAAAGGCUGGUUGGUGCUAAAAACAAGAACAAAAGAACAAAUCAAAGAGAACUAUUAGAAUUUGAGUAUGUUGAAAAUAGCAUAUAUGACAAUGUGGUACAUGCCACCAAAUUGGUCACAAUUGUCGAAUCUGCCCUAAUAUAUCUAAUUAGCACUCCUAUCUUGUAUAGUUGCAUAAACUAG